GUAAACAAUUUUUCUGUUGCUAAUGGGUGUCAGUUAGUAAAAAUUAAUAUUUAUUUUGUUUAUAAACAUUACGAAAAAGUAAAACACUGAUUUUAUGUUGACAUGUUUACUGAUUAUCCUGCUAGAAUGAUAUUAAAUAGUUUUAUAUGUUGAUACUGGCUGAAACAUUUAUAUGAAGUUAAAUUAAUUAGGUCUAUCAAUUUAAUGCCUACACAAUAUUUCUAUUUUGUAGUGAAAUUUUAAAGUGUUACUGUGAACUUUAAUAAAAUAGUCUCUAAUGGAAAACUUCAACAUGGAGGAUAUAAAACACAAAUUUUUGGGUUUUAUUUCCAAACAGGGAAAUCCUGGUAAAGUGCCGAUAGUGGGAGGAAAGUUUGACAGCGACAGUAGAACUGCACAGGCUGACAAAUCCGAAGAGAUAGCUUUCGGCCAAAAUGAAGACAAUAAGGAUACCCAAUCGGAUAGAGACAUUCUUGAAUCCAUACUGCCGGAUUAUUACCAAGAGGAAGGAUUUGAUCCGUCUCUAUUUGAAUUAAAAAAACUCCCAGCUGAGCUAGACGGAGAUCUCUUGGAGAGAGACUUGGCCAACUUGAAGAAGCAACAAGUAGUUGUGUCCAACCAUGUGUUACAGCUGAUAUUGGAAAAGCAAUUAGCUCGUGAACAAGAAUUUCAAAGAAUUGUCGAGGUGCAGACGCUGGUAGAUGAGACCCUGUCUAUGGUGAGGAGAGGUAGACAGGAUCUGCGGGUGGCGAGGGAACACUUCACGACAGCCAGCCUGGGGAUCCUCGCCAACUACCGUAAAAGAACCAUCGUUCAAGAUUUACUGCGCUCAUUAAAUUCAAUAAAAACUUUGCAACUGACGGAGAGCCGUAUGCAAGAGUUACUGACUUCUGGAGACUACGCUGGGGCCAUCUCGCUGCUGGUAGAGUGCCAGGGUGCGACGGCCAUGUACCGGCACUUCACCUGCGUGGCGGCACUCAGUGGCAAGCUGCAGGACACGCUAGUCAUGGCGGAGGAGCAACUGGAUCAGGCUCUCGCAAAUGUGUGCUACAAGUUUGAUGAGUCCGUGUACGGCAAGCUGCAGGCUGCGUACGCUCUGCUGGGUAAGACUCAGAUUGCCAUGGAUCAGCUCCACAUGCACUUCACCUCUGCAGUCCACAACUCCGCGUACAAGGUCGUCCACUCCUAUAUCCAACCGGAUUCUACCAAGAAGCAAUAUGCCCACCUCUGUAAGAAUGUUCCUGAGAGUGAGUUUAUCAAGUGCCUCAUCGCCCUGUGCAAAGCUAUGUGGGAGAUUAUCUACAGCUACCAUCAUGUGGUCAACUGGCACCGCCACCACAGUACCCAGGAGUUAGCCGGAGAUAGUGGGAACUUUGAAACUUCCCUGUACGAGCAGUACGUCCACCAGAAACUGGAGAGUGGUCUGAAACGUUUGUGGCACGACACGCAGACCCGGGUCUCAGCUCUGUUCUUGGCAGCUGACCUCACGCACUACAAGUUUGAUGAAUUCCUACAACUUCUUGCAGUGGUGCACAGGCUGGAACAGAUCGGUGAGGAGUUUUGUGGCAGUGAAUCAGAAGAGUUACAGAACUGUGUGCGGGCGCAAAGUAGUAACUAUUUUAAACGUUACCAUACUGCCAGGCUUGACGAGUUGAGAAUCUUCCUGGAGAAUGAAGUGUGGACGCCUUGCCCUGUACGCGAUGGCUUCAGUCUUCUCCAGUUGCAAGAGUUCCGAGGCCUACGCAACUCCCUGCAGCAGUACGCAGGGGUCUCCCCUGUCCAGGUACCCUCUAGGGGGAGUGGUUCUCUUGAUGGAAGCUCCGUGGGGGGUAGCUUCUUCACCCGUUACACCACAUCGGACUCUCCAUUCGAUUCGUGUCCGGACAUUGGAAGUCUUUCUCAAGAUGAGAAUAUACUUGACGUUACUGAUUAUACUUCUGGAUAUUUCAGUGAAGACAGUGACGAGGAAAAUACAGAACUCACAGGAGCCGUUACUGCUAAAAACAACAGGAACAGAAGACGCCACGAUUGUUCAGGUCCUCUCUUGACCAACACCACGCUGACAGUUCUGCGUCACUGUGGCAAAUACCUGCAGAUGAGUAGGUUGCUCCGAGCCAACUCUACCGAAGUAGUUGUCUGCCUCAGUCAGCUGUUUGACUACUACUUGUAUGCUGUCUAUUCAUUCUUUGCGUCUGAUUUACCGGCAGUGACUUCUAGUAGUACAUUGUCCCUGAAACUUCAAGCUACAUUGAAAAGGAUUAAAGAAUCGCUAACACCCAACCAAAAAGAAGAAGAAGCCAUUGAAUACAAGGUUGGAGAGCCUAGUAUGUCAAUGGUGGUAGACUUGAAUAGCAACGAGGCACUACACGGCUUGUCGGAGAGAGUAGUAGCGGUAGAGUCUCUGGUGUUCUUGGCUGAUCAGUUCAUAUUCCUUAAACCUUACUUAGAGCACCUGCAACCACAGUCUCACACCCUCCACGUCCUUUACAACCAGUCAGUCAGUGUGGCCAGUGAGGUGCGGCGGCCAGUGUACGCUUGUGUAGCAUGGCGAGCCGUGGACAUCAGGCAAGCUCUCUCAUUAAUGAUGAGGGUCAACUGGGAAGUCAAAGAUGUUGAGAGUAAACACAGCAACUAUGUGGAUUUUAUAUUGAGGGAUCUUCAGAUUUUUAGUAUGAAGCUUGAAGAAAUCUCCAAAAAUAUCACCAUUGCUCAGCCUGUAGUGGACACCCUGUGGGCCAACAUUGCACAUCAACUGGCAGAUAUUUUCGUGGAAGGGUUCUCAAGUGCUAAGAAAUGUUCCAACGGAGGUCGAGGUCUGAUGCAGCUGGACUGGACACAGCUGGUGUCCCAGCUAGAGAAGAUGUGCUCUCUCCGUCCAAUCCCACGUAAGGAGUUUGUUGAGGCCUACGUCAAGGCAUACUACCUGCCGGAGCAAGCGUUGGAGACCUUUGUACGAGACCACAAUGAAUAUUCAAGUAAGCAGAUCCUGGCACUUGUCAGUUGUGCCUGUCAGACUAACAAGAAGUUGCGUCAGAAACUGACAAGUCUGAUAGAAGACCAAGAACGACUCGGGACAAGAUGACAACAAGACUGACUUAGUUGUAGAGCGUGUACAUAUUCUUGUAUAUCUUGUGUAAUAUUUGUAAACUACAUUAACCUCCGUUUUUAUACAGUUGCACUGUUUAUAAUUAUAUUGAACCCAAAAUGAUCUGAUGUAUACAAUUGAAAUAUAAUUAUUGCGUAAUCGU